AUGAGAAAGUUCAACUGGGACACCAUCCCCUGCGAGAGGGUCCUGGGCAAGCGCAAUCUGUGGACCAUGCAGGCCUCGCUGGGCGACUUUGAGCUGGACACCGAGAGGAUCAAGGAGCUCUUCUGCAAAAAGGACAACAGCCAGCCCACGAAGACUGUGCCGAGACCAUGCAAGCGUGACUUUUGUCCAUCUGAGCAGGGUAUUCAGAAUAUCUCACUACUCAGUUCAAAGAAGAGUAUGAACAUCGCUAUUGUGCUGAAACAGUGUAAAAGGCCAGUCUACAGGCUGGUUCGAGAUAUCAGGGAGGGCAAUGCCACAACCUUUAAAGGUGGAACACUCAAAAAUCUAUGUAAGCUGCUCCCAGAUAAAGAAGAGGUAAAGAAGCUGCUGGCCUUUGAAGGGACCUUAAGUCAUUUAACAGAAGCUGAUCAGUUCAUGGUGAGACUGAUUAAACUGCCAGGCUAUGAGGAGAGGAUACAAAGUCUUGUCCUUGUGGAGGAGUUCUUCCCAAUCAUGGAUGACCUGAGAAGGUUGAUUGCUGUUAUGACCGCUGCAGCCAGAGAGCUACUGGAGUCUGACGAUCUCCAAUCCAUCAUCCGCCUGGUGCUUAAGGUUGGGAAUUACAUGAAUGAGGGUUGUUAUACAGGCAGCGCCAUUGGCUUCAAGAUGGGCUCGCUGCUUCGGCUUGCUGACACAAAGGCAAAUAAGCCAGGGAUAACCCUCAUGCAUUAUGUGGCAACGCAAGCUCAAGAUGUAGACCCCUCUCUACUCAAUUUUCCAAGACGACUUAAAUACAUAAGGGCGGCUGCAAGGAUUUGCACUCAAGAAGUUCGUGAUGAUUUGCAGAAGGAGAUUGGCAGGGUAGCAAGUGUUAAAGAAGAUUCCUCCAAGCAUGAUGACCUCAACAGCCAAAUGGAGCGUUUUCUUAAGAGGGCAGACCUGAUUCUGGAAAGUGUGGAUAUCUCAUGGAAAGAGUUCCAGGACACCAAGAGCUCUCUGGCGGAGUACCUGUGUGAAGACCCCACGUCCUUCAAACUGGAGGAGUGCUGCUCCAUCUUCAAGUCCUUCAGUGAAAAAUUUGACCAAUCUGUUGCAGAGAACCAGCAGCGCCGGGAGGCAGAGAGGAGGCGCGAGCGACGGCAGAGCCUGAGACCGGGCUCCAGCGCCGACAUUACGGCCUCCUCCUCCAGAGGGGUCUCCCCUCAGACAGACAGCGACAUGGAGAGGGCCCUCGCCAGUCUGCUCGUUGCGGAAGGAGGCACCCCGAGGAGGAGUCGUCGUCUCUGUCAGUCCACAAGUAACCUCUCUGAGGUCAGGCGAGCCAUUGAGAAUUAUGGACAGAGGGACAAUACUUUCCAAAUUGGGCCCCACAUCCGCAAUCGCUCCCACACCACCAGUAGACCAUGAUAGACCUCUGCAUGGCCCCCCAGCCCCUCCAAGCAGGGGUCUUCUGACAGCGGGUCUGUCUGAUGAAGAGGAACACAAGGACCAUGAUUUGGGACUGAGGCCUCACGCUGCGUCUCUAGUAGGAAGGGAGAUACAAUACGUAACCAGCGGAGGAGAUAAGUGACAGAAAAGCAAGACCGUUUCUACUAAAGCUGAACUGUCUUUGCCGUUUGAAAGCCUAUUUGAAAAAGGACAUUGUGGGAUACAGAUGUAUGAUCCAUAACCGAAAUGUCAACAGCAUGGCCUAGCUGACGUAAAUAGGAAACUUCAAAAGAGAUAAGGAGCAGCAGCAGCACCUGCAAGCAGUUUAGUGAGUCCUCCGCGACUCAAUGAUGGUGCUGGUCCUGUGCCAUGGCUAUGUCUAGUAAAGACAUGGCAGUACAACACAGGACACAGCACAUGAACAGGCCUACACAAUCUGUGUGAAGAUAGAGCUGAUAUGUGUGCAGAUGUGCUGCCCUGUCCACUACACAAGGGGAAUAUCACCUCCUCUAGUCUUCAUUUUCCCUCCGAAUCCCCACCAUCAUCACCCUUACUCUGCAGUCCUUCAUCUUGAUUACUGUUUUUUUAUUUUUAAAAAGAGACACGUCCUGACUUGAGUCUACAUGUCCUAUUUAUGAUGCCGUCCUCCUCAACAUUUUAAAAGAAACGGGGCCCGUUGUAUUAGAUUCAAGGUUGAUUAAAAUAAGUUUUACUGUCCUACAUCUUAAAGAUGCCAUCUUAGAGUGUCUUCAACCAAGCCAUAUACUGUUCUAGCCAAUCAGCACGCUUCAGGAGCAUGGAAGGGAUGGGUGAAAUUUGAUUGGAAGUGAACCUCAAAAUGUCAACAAUCUUGCCAGAAUCAUGGACCAUACCUCUAAGUCUCUAUUAAAUCUAUACUGUAAUGCUACUGAACAUUGUAUACUGUUUUUGUAUAUUGUUUAUUGUCUUUAUAGUCUACUUGGUAUACAUGAGAGCUUAAAAAAUAAGACCUUCCUAUGUCCAUCUUCAGGGAAAGGUUAAAUGUAAUCAGGGUGUACUCAGUCUUUCCAUUGGGUUUUCCAUUGUCAUUAUCUUCGAGUGGCUUGGCUUUGGACUGACAGCGGGUGGAUUUUGCUUGGUUACCUGGGAAAUGGUAUUUGUUUACACCAUGAUCUCACUUGGCUGGUGACACUGUGAAAUAAUACCCUCUAAACCCAGCAGCUUUGGACAGACUGUUCUUUCAUGCAGGCCUGGAAGACUGGAGCUUUAGAGGUCAUCUCAACUUAAGAUCAGAAAAUAUUCCACUAAAAUCCACUGGAAAGAAAUAUAUCAGAUAAGCCUAAAGAAGUAAACAUGUGU